AUGGGUAUUGUGGUGGAGCUGCAGAGCGGACUUCCGUCACCCACUCCUGCUCAGUCCGGACACUCACAUGCAACCGGAAAAAACUGUAAUGGAUACAGAGAAAUCAGUGGUUUUGAAAAUUUUCUGUCACACUGGUUUCAGGAUGUUCAGGGGUAUAAGUGGGUGCGCUGGCAGUUGUGGUUGUGUCGUCUGGCUGCCGUGCUGUCCUUGGGUGUUCUUCUGAUUGUGUUUCACUGGCGCCCAAAGCUUGCUGUCCUGGCCCGCUGCUGCUCCUGCCCUCUGGCUUUGGCAGAUAUUCUGCUAAUAACAGACAGUUUUGGCCAGCAGCAUGUGGUGGAGGUCCUCACGGAGGAGAUGGAUUGCAGCAGUUUGGAAAUGGUGGCAGAGCUGGAGGAAAUUGAAUGGAGAGAUACAGUUCAGCUGUACAAUGAGGAGAAAACGCUGCUGCGCUACUACCUGUUUAAUGGACUGCGCUACAUCUGGCUGGGCAGGAAAGGGGCUUUCUGUCGUGUCAGUGUCCUCAAUGAGGACUGGACCUGCAAUGACUUGUAUGGCUUCCAAACGGGCCUGAGUCACCUGGAGCAAAGCCUCAGGAGACGCAUGUAUGGGCCGAACCUUAUUGAUGUGCAGGUGAAGUCUUACGUGAAACUGCUGUUUGAGGAGGUCCUCAACCCAUUCUAUGUGUUCCAAUUGUUCAGCAUCACCCUGUGGAUUUUCGAAAAUUACUAUUAUUACGCCAUUUGUAUAUUCAUUAUCUCCAUUUUAUCCAUCGGUCUCUCACUUUAUGAGACCCGCAAGCAAAGCGUAACUCUUCACAACAUGGCCCGGUUGGUCACAAAUGUCACAAUACGAAGAAACUCAGGAGUGGAGGAGCUUGUUAGCUCGGAGGAGCUGGCCCCCGGCGACUGUCUAAUCAUCCCUCAGGAAGGUCUGCUGCUGCCCUGUGAUGCAGCCCUGCUGGCUGGGGAGUGUCUGGUCAACGAGAGCAUGCUCACAGGUGAAAGUGUCCCAGUGCUAAAGACGCCACUGCUAGCUGGGGAGGGGAGGUACAGCUCAGAGACUGAGCGCAGACACACCCUAUUCUGUGGUACCCAGCUCAUUCAGGCCAAAGGGGGAGGGCCGGGAGGCAGCGGUGCUGUUGCUGUGGUCACAAGCACCGGGUUUUUCACAGCCAAAGGUAACCUGGUCAGCUCCAUUUUGUAUCCUCAUCCAACCUUUUUCCGUUUUAACAAGAUUCUGUUAAUUAAAUCAUCCUUGGUAUUUUUGGCGACCUGGCUGGAGUUGGUGCUUAUGAGCCUGGAUGUGGUGACCAUCGCAGUGCCUCCUGCCCUAUCUGCAGCCAUCACCACUGGCACUGUAUAUGCCCAACACAGGCUGAAGAGCCAGGGCAUCUUCUGCACCAGUCCACCACGCAUCAACAUCUGUGGAAAGGUCUCAGUGUUCUGCUUUGACAAGACAGGGACUCUUACGGAGGACGGUAUGGAUGUGUGGGGGGUGAUGGAGGGGGGACAUGCUGGUUUCUCGGAGCUGGUGCCAGAUCCUAGACUCCUGCCCCCAGGCCCCAUGCUCUCAGGCCUGGCCUGCUGUCACACUGUGACGCUGUUGCAAGGACAGCCCCUCGGAGACCCUCUGGAGCUCAAGAUGGUCGAGUCCACUGGUUGGACACUCCAGGAGCCAGAGCGAGAUGGAAAUGUGGUGGAUGCAGAGUUUGGAGGCAACAGGGUUUUGGCUGUUUUGAGUCCGCCUACUCAACAGCCUCAAGCUCAAGGAGCUUCCACAAGCGAGGCGGUGGCCAUUGUUCAGCGGUUUGCCUUCUCCUCGGCACUGCAGAGGAUGAGUGUGGUGACGGUGGCCCGCGGCACACGCUCAGCUCUCGCAUUCAUGAAAGGAUCCCCAGAAAUGGUGGCUAGCCUCUGCCGAGCAGAAACUGUGCCGGGGGAGUUCUCCAGCAAACUGCACAGUUUCUCCAGUGAAGGUCUCCGAGUUCUUGCACUCGCUUAUAAACCAGUACACAGGAACACUGACUUAAGCACCAUUAAACGAGCGGAGGUAGAGAAAGACAUGCAGUUCCUGGGCUUGAUGAUGAUGAAGAAUCUGGUGAAGCCAGAGAGUGCCCAGGUUAUUAACAUGCUGAAAGUGGCACACCGUCGCAGUGUCAUGGUCACUGGGGACAACAUUUUAACAGCAGUCAAUGUAGCAAAAAGCUGUGGGAUGGUAGGGUUUGAUGACAAGGUGAUAUUCGUCAAUGCAACCCCCCCCACUGCCCAGUCCAUACCCACCCUGAGGUUCAGCCUGGAAGACCAAGGGGACGUCAUCACUCAGCCAUCGCUGUGUCAAUGGAAAACAUUGACACAGCGAUGCAUUGCUGCCCUCUGUGAUCACUUCCCUGAGUAUUUGCCAAAGGUUUUGCUGCGAGCCACAGUAUUUGCACGCAUGGCUCCUGACCAGAAAACCCAGCUAGUGAAGGAGUUGCAGAAACUUAACUACAAGGUGGGCAUGUGUGGGGACGGGGCCAACGACUGCGGGGCCCUGAGAGCUGCUGAUGUCGGGGUUUCUCUGUCUGAAGCCGAGGCUUCAGUUGCGUCACCUUUCACUUCCAAGACUGAAAACAUCAGCUGUGUGCCGCUGCUCAUCAGAGAGGGCCGGUGUUCUCUGGUCACCACCUUCAGUCUCUUUAGAUACAUGGCCAGUUACAGCCUCAUUCAGUUCUGUGCUGUCCUCAUCCUCUACACAGUGAGGACGACGUUGUCCGACGGGCAGUUCUUUUUUUCUGACUUGUGUCUGGUGACAAUACUGGCCAUUGUGAUGGGGAGAGGGGGCCCCAGUGACAAGCUGGACCCCUCCAGACCCUCAGCCAGUCUGCUGUCCCUGCCUGUGCUUGGCAGCCUCUUCAUCCACACCUGCGUGAUUGUUCUGGGCCAGCUGGCUGCGCUCUUCGUCACCACUUCACAGGACUGGUACGUUCCAAUCAAUUCAACAAGUAUUGGCGAAGACAAUCUGCCAAACAUGGAGGACACCAGUGUGUUUGCCUUGUCAGGUUUCCAGUACAUCAUCAUGGCUGUGGUGGUCACCAAGGGAUACCCUCACAAGAAACCCUUAUACUACAAUCGGAGUUUCCUCUGUGUACUAUUGAUCCUCUUUGCUGUGACGACCUGGCUGGUGUUGAAUCCUGGGCCUGUCCUUAAAAUUCUUAUACUGUACGACUUCUUUGAUAUGAAAUUCAAAAUGCUGCUCGUCGCUCUGGCUGCUCUUAACUUCCUCAUUUGUUUUUUUGUGGAGGUGCUGAUAGAUUUGGGUUUCCUGAACUGUCUCCGGGCACUGCGUGGGAGGCGUGAAUCCAAGAAACAGUAUAAACGUCUGAACAUCCGUCUGUCUGAGUCCCCCUCAUGGCCGCCCCUUAAUCAAACCCUGUCACCAGGGACAGGGGCGGAGCCAGACGAUAUAAACAUUUGGGGCUUUGCCCAAACCUAG